AUGUCCAUCUCCUCGCUGAAGUUCAGUCCAGACGGGUCCAUGCUAGCGUCUUGCGCUUCUGACAAAACUGUGAAACUGUGGGACUCGUACACGGGCGCCAUCAUCCGCACCUUCGUAGGCCACACGCAGGGCAUAUCCGAUAUUGCGUGGUCCAGCGAUGGAGAGUACUUGGCUUCUGCAUCGGAUGACAAGACCAUCAUUAUCUGGAGCGUCGAGCUGUUCGAGGCCGUCAAGACUCUCAGGGGUCACACCAACUUCGUGUUCUGUGUAAACUUCAACCCUCGAUCCAACCUGCUCGCCUCUGGGGGAUUUGACGAGACUGUACGUGUCUGGGAUGUAGCAAGAGGCAGAUGCAUGAAAGUGCUUCCAGCGCAUUCAGAUCCCGUCACUGCCGUUAGCUUCAAUUACGAUGGGACGCGGAUCGUGUCGUGUGCGAUGGACGGUCUAAUCCGUAUCUGGGACACCGAGUCCGGACAAUGUCUCAAGACGCUCGUCGACGACGAUAAUCCAAUAUGCUCGCAUGUGCGGUUCUCGCCCAACUCGCAAUUCAUCCUCGCGGCCACGCAAGACUCCACCAUCCGCCUGUGGAAUUGCAACACCUCGAAGUGCGUCAAGACGUACCGCGGGCACACAAAUCGCACGUACUGCAUCUUCGCGUGCUACUCCGUGACGGGCGGGCGGACGCUGGUCGUCAGCGGGAGCGAGGACGGGAAGGUGUACAUCUGGGACCUGCAGAGCAGAAAGGUGGUGCAGACGCUGGAGGGACAUAAAGACAUCGUGUUGGCUGUGGCAACACACCCAACGCGGAAUAUCAUUGCUUCUGCGUCGAUGGAAAAGGAUCUCACUAUACGGCUUUGGUAUGACGAGGAUGCUGAUGUUUACUGA